CAUAGGAGUGUGGCUAUCAUCAAGCCAUGACACUCCCUCUUCUCCUCUCUUUCACCCACACACACUUUUCCAUUAUUUUCCUUCUCUUCCUCAAACAGAAAAAGAACUCCUCACAUCACAUGUGACAUGGCCACCACAACCACCACCACACCCUUCAACCUCACUUCCCCAUUAGCCCCCACAUUCCCCCGUAAUUACUCCCUCACCCCUCUCUCCCUCCCUCAUCACCACCACUUCUUCACACUCCGAUAUGACCAGUUUUCCCCUCCGCCCAUUCGGAAGAGACUCCCCACAUGCAAGGCCACGGAAGUCUCAGUGGCAGAAGAACCAUCACCCUCUGGAGGCGGCGGUGGAGGAGAGAAGUGGGUGCCGGUGGUGCCACUGGGAGCACUGCCGCGUGGGGAGAGGCGCGUGAUAAUUCAGGAAGGAGAGACCAUACUGCUGCUGUGGUAUAAGGAUGAAGUGUUCGCUAUAGAAAACAGGUCCCCUGCUGAAGGUGCCUACAGCGAAGGCUUGAUCAAUGCCAAGCUCACUAAGGAUGGCUGUAUAGUUUGUCCAACAACUGAUAGCACAUUUGAUCUCCGAACUGGAGCAAUGAAGGAAUGGUAUCCAAAAAAUCCUGUGCUGAGAGCCCUUACUCCUGCUUUAAGGAAUCUCUUUGUUUAUCCUGUGAAAACCGAUGAAGAAAAUAUUUACAUCAGCAUGAGAGGAGGUCUAAGUUCUGAUGCGUCGGCUGAGAUUGUCUUCAGUGGGAAGGCUCAACCUGGUAUAACUGCAACUGAUGUCAAUGUGGAUGAGACAAGAAUGGUGGUUGAUGAGGGUCAACAGGGGUUCGGUUUCAUCAAGAAGAAUGAAAUUAUCAAUGGAAAGGCAGCUGUGAUUGGCUUCCUGCUAUUGUUAGAUUUUGAACUUUUGACUGGUAAAGGUCUUCUCAAGGGAACUGGUUUCUUGGACUUUCUAUAUGCUGCCUCCAAAGCUUUCAAGUAGAUGUGUCAACUUGUCAUGGUUCUUUCAGGAAGAAAGAGUUUGUCUUUCCCAGCAUUCACAAGGGGGAAUUAAAUGAAAAAACAAAAAUGCUAAAGAAGUCUGUCUGAUUCAUAGGAAAGUUUACCUGUUUUUUGAUCUUCACAUUUUGAUGUUUGUCUCUUUGAUAGUUUAGACAUGUUUGUUUGUAAUUGUAUAUUCUCUAGAAAUUAGACCAUGUUGUUUGAUCCUUGUUCAUGUCAUGCAGUUAAUAACUUUAAUCAAUUUGUACACUAAAUACAAAUUUUCAAAUUGAAGGAAA